AUGCACUCCCUGGAUGAGCCCCUCGACCUCAAGAUCAGCAUCUCCAAGCUGCGGGCAGCGCGGGAGAAGCGGACACUGGGCAGCACCAAGCACCGGGCCUUGCACCGCGAGCUCAAGAGCCAGGAUGAUGGUGCCGCAGCGAUGGGCCCCGGCUCGCCUGGCUCCCCGCUGGCCGGUCCCCUGCUGCCCUCCAAGUACCACGACAAACGGGACGCUCGCUUCUCCUCGACGCCCCUGCUGGACCUCAGCCUGUCGCCCCCAUCCGGCCUGGACUCCCCCGGUGGCAGCACCUCGCUGUCCCCUGAGCGGCAGGGCAGCGGGGACCUGCCCAUGGCCCCCAACCCCCAUGAUUUCCCGUCCCUGCAUUACAUCGACGGCCUCCCGAGCUCCUUCCAGUUCUUCCUGCCCCUGGGCUCAGGCGGCGCCCUGCACCUGCCGGCCUCGGCCUUCCUCACCCCCGCCAAGGAGAAGCGCCUUUCCCCGGAGCUGCCUCUGCCGCAGCAGCUGGUGUGUCGCUGGGCCAAGUGUAACCAGCUCUUCGACCUGCUCCAAGACCUGGUGGAUCACGUCAACGACUUCCACGUCAAGCCGGAGAAGGACGCGGGUUACUGCUGCCACUGGGAGGGCUGCGCGCGCCAUGGCCGGGGCUUCAAUGCCAGGUACAAGAUGCUGAUCCACAUUCGCACCCACACCAAUGAGAAGCCUCAUCGCUGCCCAACCUGCAACAAGAGCUUCUCCAGGCUGGAAAACCUUAAAAUCCACAACCGCUCGCACACAGGCGAGAAACCCUACAUGUGCCCCUACGAGGGCUGCAGCAAGCGCUACUCCAACUCCAGCGACCGCUUCAAGCACACGCGCACCCACUAUGUGGACAAGCCCUACUACUGCAAGAUGCCCGGCUGCCACAAGCGCUACACGGACCCCAGCUCACUGCGCAAGCACAUCAAGGCCCAUGGCCACUUUGUGUCCCACGAGCAGCAGGAGCUGCUCAAACUCCAGCAGCCUCCCAAGACCCCCGUCGCCUCGGCGGAAGUGCCUUACGUCAACGGGGCGCAACUCAUCAUCCCCAACCCGGCCGCCCUCUUUGGCGGGCACGCGCUGCCCGGCCUGGGCGCCUCUCUGCCCAUCCCCCUGGCCCCGGGUCCCCUGGACCUCAGCACCCUGGCCUGUGGUGCCGUGGGCUCUGCUGCGCUGUCGGGGCUGCCCAGCCCCAUGCUGUCCCUCAAUGGGGCGCCACUCAACUUGGCCAAGAGCCCCUUGCUGGCGUCUCCCUUCGGGGCUAGUGGGCUGGGGCUGCCAGUGGUGUCCCUGCUUGCUGGCAAGACGGACGUGGAGAAGUGCCAGGCGGGCGACACCAGGGUGGCCAAAGCGGGCAAAGCUCAGGGGCUCGAGAGCCGCAAAGACUCGUGUGACAGGACUGAGCGGGCCCGGCUCAGGCGUGCUCCGGAGAGCCUGCCGCUGCUGCCCGGCGCAGUGCUGGACCUGUCCACCGGCGUGAGCUCUAUGGGCAGCCCCGAGGCCCUGCCGCCCGGCUGGGUGGUGAUCCCCCCUGGCUCCGUCUUGCUGAAGCCAGCCGUGGUGAACUGA